AUGGAGCCUACUCAUUUGGUCAGGAACUUCCUAAAGCUGCAGAAGGCGCUUCAGAAGCUUGAGGAAGUUGGCAUCCCGUUGGGAAGCCUCCGGAGCAAGGGCGUGAAUCAAAUUGAGGAAGUCCAGUGUGACGAUUACAGCGAAAAGGAGCGUCUUCUUGCAGGAAGAGUCAAUGAGCUCUUCAAGGGAUUUUCGGAGGAAAACGUCUUCUGCUGUGGAGGUUCAGUCAAGCUACCUGACAAUGACCAGAAGAGUUUGCUGGUCAAGCUUCUGGAUGGGGAUCCUCAGGAAUGCACAUUGACCUCGUCCUCUUCCGCUCCAAAAACCACGCUUGCUGAGACUAUCACGAACCUUGCCCUUAAGACCGUCAUUGAGAAGAGCAAUAUUGCGGGCUUUGGAGACCUGAAGGAGGGAGCUAAUGUGGUCAACUACUCCAUUCGGAAAGCUUGGGAGGCCUUUUUCCAUCUUGACUUUGACUAUACUCACAUCGAUGACCAUAGGACAUACGUCCCAGGCCUGUCUAUGGAGACUCUCGUCCGCUUGGGAUUCGGCAAGGAGCAAAAGCUCAAGCUGUUGAAGGGGCAUGCCACGGUCCAGACCAUCACGCAAACAUCUGUCCAGAAGUCGAGGCACAAUGAGAGUCAGGGUUACUACACAGCUACGUUCAAGGCGAGGGUCACAGAAGGCGAGCGCUUGUUAAAAUCGAGGAUCACCGCAACCAACAUUCCAGAACCGCACUCCUCCAGAGCAGGCUUUGGUUACUGGGAGUCUCCGUCGUUUUCCUACGUCUGCGACUGUGGAUCACAAGCUGGGUCGCCAACCGCUGCCUGGUGCCAGCACGCGUUGGCAACUCUUGUCGAGGUGGUCGAUCCUUUUGCCGGAGAGUCGCGUCCGGACUACAAAUACUACAAGGCGAUCUUCUUGCGGCCUAUCAUGGAGCAUAUUCAGAAGCACAUGGCACACGGCCACCGGAUUUCGCUCCUGCCGUACAAGAUCAACGUCUACGGGGAGGGAGGGUUCUUCAAGCGCCACGUGGACUCCCCCCGUAACGCGGAGAACAUGAUCGGGACGCUGGUGGUCUGCCUGCCGUCGGAGCAUGAAGGCGGCGAGCUCGUGGUCUCUCAUGGGGGGGUCGACCACGUGUUUGACUUUGCCCCCCUUUCCGGGGACCGGCAAACCGUCCAGUGGGCAGCUAUGUACGGCGAUUGUUUGCACGUGGUCAAGGAGGUCAAAAGCGGGUAUCGUGCGACCCUCACAUUCAGCAUCAUCCAGGAAGAAGCGCAGAAGGGGGGUACCUUUUGGGCCCCCAACCGAUGCCAUCGCUUACCGCACAAUCUGCAAGAGACUGGAUACAAGAUCACCUACGACGAUGACUCUCAUCAUUAUCUAGAAGUGGAGGAGGAUUUCACCGGUGGCCCCUGGAACAAGCCGGGGGCGGAACGCAAGGCUCAGGCCGUCGUCGAAGCGCUCGGGGCGCUCGACCCGGCCACCGAGUACGUCACCAUCCUGCUGAGCCACGACUACACGCAGGCCAACCUGGUCCGCCCGGAGAUGCUCAAAGGGACCGACUGGGAGCUUUACCAGUCGAACGCAAUGAACGCAAGCAUGGAUCUUUUUCUCUACCAGGCGGUGUCUCGCGCAUACCCGGUGGAAAUGCUGACGGUCGUGCUCCGCGACCAUUGGACUCUGCCGCACGAAUGCGACGAUCCGGAGAACUUCGCGGACGGAGAGGGGACGUCCGUCUGUUCUUGCUACGCGUUUUCAAAGGAGGACCUGGCGUGGCUGAUGGGAGAGGGGCCCAAGCCGAAGUACAAAUGGGAGGCGGCCGCGCGCGCGGAGAAGGUCCUGUUUGUGGCGCCCCGGCCAGGGCAGAAGGCUCUGCUGGACGCGAAGGAGAGCGGGUAUCACGGGAACCAGUUUGACGAGGGGGGGGAGAUUUUGAGUGUGUACUUUGAGGCGGCUCUGGUGGUAGAUUUGAAAAAGAAAGCGGAGGGGUGGUCUCGGAGCGGCGGAAGGUUGCGGUCUUUGGCAUGA